GGAACAUGGCGGACUGUUGUUUGGGGCCCGUUUUAUGUAGACCCCCUUCUCCUUCUCCUUCUCCUUCCCCUUUCUUUUUCCUCCGAAGCCCCAAUUUACAGCUCCGAUUUUCCUCCAAGUCCAUGGCUGCACAUUACCAUCGCUCCUCCAACCCUAGACCCACGCAGCCUUCCUUGCUCGUCUUCUCAGGUGGUACUGCGUUUAAUGGUGUUGUGGAAGAGCUUAAGAAGUUAAACAACUCGUGUUGCACAUGUUCUCCCUGUUUCUGAUGAUGGAGGAAGCACAGCAGAGAUUGUUGGCGUUCUUGGCAAGGUCUUCAGUUCCCAGUCUGCAUUCAAGAAUAAAGGGGGUGUUUUACAUGUCAAGUGAGGGAAGAAAUCUGCUGCAUGAGGUCCUCCCAUCAGCAAAUCCAGCUGUCCUGGACCAGUUAAGAAAUGUAGACUGUAUCAUGUAUGCUAUGGGUUCCCUCUUUUCUUCUGUCUGCCCAUCACUGGUCUUACUUGGCAUUGGCGAUAUUAUUUCCUCUAGGUCCUGUUGUAAGGUGCCUACUUAUUAAGCUACCAAAGUAUUGCUCCUUUUUUUUUUUUGGUAAAAUGUGAAUUUAUUACCCAACUUCAAAAAUAUACAAAGCAGCACUUGUCUUUAAGGCUGCUAUUCAAGUUCAGUACAGAGAAUGAAACAAUUCAAGAAUACAGUAUACUUAAAAUCAAGCUAUACGCAGAAUCUCCAAUCCCCAAUGUGAAGCAAUUCUUCUUGACAUAGGAGAAGAUCUUUCCAGAAAACCCAAGCACUAUAACUUGGACAUCUUUCUGAAUUAUUGCUGUUUGAUGCACAAAGUUAUAAAGUUUUUCUUAUGUAUUUAUCUGAACAACGUUCAAGGCUUCUGUUAUUGUUUGUUAGUUUGACAUCUUUUGUUGUAUUGAUUUUGUACCUUCCAAACCUAGGUACCAUUGUUGAAUGGUACACAUGAUGGAGAGACAAGUGGCUUCUCUGCAUCAUGUUUUGUAACUGCCAUCGCAGAUGUUCUGAAUUGGACAUAUGGAGAUCCUCAUAAUUGUUUAAAGAACACUGUGAGUCAAUACAUUGGAUUGUAGUCUUUCAUCACAGCCACAGCAAGUUUUGAUAGUACUGUGUUUUUCCUAAUGGUUUUUGCUAAUAAAGAUAUAGACAGUCAUUCUUGUAUGCAUCACUGAGGUUUCUGAAAUAUUCAUUGUCUGCAAACAUUUUCCCAAAUUAUGAUAAAGUAAUGGGUGUAAAUGGAAGAAUGAGUAUCUCAUUUAUUGUGUUUGGUUUCUCUGUACAGCCAAGUCACUAUAUCAUGCAAUUUUGGUGCCUAAAGACAGUGAAAUUCCAAUAGAUGUUAAAUGCCUGCCUGUACAAAGAAUAUCAGAUUUGGUAAGUUUUUCCUUUUAGAUUUUAUGUAAAAACAAGUUUCUUGCUGUUGUUAAAUAAUGUUUGAAUGAUAAUUUGGCUGCCAUUUCAUAAAGAACUCUUAAAUAU